AUGCUGUCCCAGGCUUCAAUUCCAGAGGUUCAAGAAGACACCAUCGGAAAGGCCAGCGAAGAGCGUAAGACAAAGUUUUUUCAGUUUCAAAACCUGGGACCCCCAGAUUUGAUAUCCUUGUUGAAAUAUGCGCCUUCUUCCUCGAACUCCAACUCCCAAAAUGCUAAAAAUCGAUCAAUGCAAUUGGAACCAAGCUCGUCUAACAUCAAUGCCCAGGAUCUGCACUCUCAUGAUAAGCUCAAAGGCGAAAUUGGCACCUUUCUACACAGCGUUGGUGUCGACACCUCUGAUCCCACAUCCAUAGCAGUGUUCUUGAAAAACAUGGCUGAUUUGAUCUCAGAAAAACCUCAAAACUGGUUUGGAAAACAGAAGCACUUCAAGGUGGCUCGAGUAACGUACGCGACUUGGAACGCUUUCAGAAAAUGCGACGUUGAAGUAGUGGUGCAUAUACCUGGAGCAGUGCAAUCUUAUAUUUUGGACUCCCGUGGAGAAGUUGUCCAGAUCCCACAAAAUGAGCGCGAGAUUCUGUGGGCCGAAACGUUUGUUUGUGGUGUCGUACGUGCAAUCACCGUCAUGACUGACAACUCUGAUGAAGGGGAGGUCAAUAACGUUGUUGAGACUCGCAUUUUGAACCCAUUGACCUCUGGCGAGCUAGGCGAAGUCUCGGAUCGUUUCAUCGAUGUAUUCCCAUUAGUGUAUGCGCAAGGUCAAUCUCUAGGCGGCCCUUGUGAUGUUGCGACGCCAUCGCGCACUAACAAUUAUCUAUGUGAAACUCUACUACACGUCACUAGACUUACAAACAAUUUUGAUAGAUGUCAAGCAAUGCUUACAGGACUGAUGGAACAACACCAAGAAUGUGUGGUUGUACUCGUAAAGCUUCUACUCGACGCCGAUUUAAAAAUCGACGCCCUAAAUCUGCUCCACAAAGAACUCCUGAAGCAAGAGUCGUCGGUAACAAGUUAUCGUUCAGAGCUGCUCUGUAUCCAGGCGAAAUUCUUACUGGAGAACAAGAAGGACUUUGCAGCUGCCCAAAAACUUUCACAGGCUGCGGUCGACUGUGCCCCAAGUGAAUUCAGACCUUGGCAUCUUUUGGUCAGAUCAUAUAUUGGUCUGAGCGAUGUCGAAAGCGCACUUCUAGCAUUGAAUGGGUGCCCGGUCACGCCCCACAGAGAAAAGUACAGUUUCAAGCGCGUUGUAAGCUUGGGCCAGGACUCCCCAAAUUUGCAUUUGCCUCUGCCAACAGAUGUCAUUUUAGAAGACGUCACCAGUCUCAGCUCGGUGGACGUAGCCAAUGAACAUAAGGCCUUGAGCUCUUCGUUGCUGAAUCUGCCCGCUGCGACUUUGAAGGCCAAUGCCAAGACCAGGUACAAGUAUCUAACAGAAAUUGCCUUGAAGACCGGUUGGGAGGCUCUUUUAAAGUACAGAUCAAAGCUCUUUGUAAUGGAGGAAGAGUAUCAGGUGGCAUCAACGCCAUCCUCCGAGUCUGAAAUCGGAUCUAAAGAGAUAAUCCGCGGAAAAAGGCUGUGUGAGCGCUGGCUUGAUAGCUUGUUCAUGGUUCUUUAUGAAGAUCUCAAGACCUACACAUUAUGGCAAGCAGAACAGCUUCAUUUCGAGGCACAGAAUACUCGUUACCAAAAGUCAACUGCUGAGUGGGAGUUACUGGGUCUAUGCGCUUGGCGUUUGGGCCAUAUUGAGGAGGCUGCUCACGCUUUCCAAAAUGGUUUAACGCAGCGCUUUUCCGCUGAAGCUUCUCGCCGUAUGCUGCAAAUAUACCUGUUGAAACGGGAGCAGGUAAAAGGAGACCGAGACUCUUCUUCGUCGCAGACCAUGAGCGCCAUUUUGGACAUCGACAACAAAUUGAUUGAUUUGUGCGUCCGAUUGUGCUGCUGGAACCAUCGCUGGUAUUGUGAGUUCUCCGUGCUACAACUAGAUGCUCUUGCACACGUUGUUCACGACAUUGGCAUAACGAAGCUGUCUAACGAGAUUCGUGCUCGCUUCCCGGAAACGGUUGGUCAGCUGGUGGAGGAUAACCUCCUUGAUUAUUUCACAAACUACACACAUGAUGGCUACGACAAGUAG